AUGACAAGCACAAGUUCUUAUACCAAUGUUGAUUUUUUCAGUGAUUUGGGGAAGUUACCACCAGAAGUUAUUACUUUAAUUAUUGACAAUAUACCGAAAUGCAUGUUGCCUCAAUUAUUAUAUUUUCCACCGAUUAGAAAAGCUGUCGCUUCCUCGAUUUUGUCAAAUGUAAAUAUUACUAUUCCUGAGGAAGUUGGAAGACACGAGUGGAGUGAUGAACCAGGUGUUGGUUAUUCCAGAUGUAAAUGCGACGUGUUCGACAUUGAAUUCAGUGAUUUUAAGGAGGGCAUAACUCAAUGGCAUGUGUACCCAAAAAUCUUUUCUAUGGAAUAUAUAAAUAAUUUUAAGACUAUUUGGGAUACUUUCCCGCAAAUGAUAACAAAUGCUCUGAGCAUUAAGGGUUUCUUUUUGUGGGAGGAUGAUAGCGAUACAGAGAAUGAUAUCCAUACAGGGGAUGAUAUGCAUACAAAGGAUUUGUUGAAAUUUUUUGCCGAUUCCAAUAUUAAAUUUGAUUCUUUGAAUCUAGCAGAGUUCCCGGGUCCAAUUACAUUACCUCCCAUUACCACAAAUCUUCUGUUACUGCGUACUACCUUGACUAGUUAUGAGAUCCCAGGUUUGAAAAAGUUGGAAGUCGAUUUAUAUUGUGCUGGUGAACAAAACCAAUCUUAUACGUUUACUUCUGAUUUGGAAGAUUUAACAAUUGAAGAUCGUCAUUUUAUUCAAAUGACUUUACCUUCAAGUUUGCGGAGACUAUCGAUAAAUACAGAUAUGGUAUCGGUAAAUAUUAUUUCUGAAGAAUUGGUAAAUCUAGAAUAUCUAGAGCUCAAGAAUCUUAGAAUCCCCUUUAUUAACGAAAUUGGGAUAGUUGCUCCCAAUUUGAAAACAUUAGACUUAGAAGAAUGUCGAAACACAAUCAAUCUUUACGGCUUGAGAGAAUUUCAGAAGUUAAAGCAUUUAUCUUUGAAGCAAUGUGCUUACCCAAUUGGUUUAUUUGAAGAAAAUUUCUUUCCUGAGUUAGAAAGUUUUGAAUUCUCAGGUAAAAAUUCUUUUGAAAGAGAAAAUGCUUACCGGGGAUCAUUGAAGUUUCCUGCAAAUUUAAAACGUUUAUCAAUAAAAUGGGCCAACCAUAUAACAAUUGAUUUGAGAACUUUUAUUCUUCCUCCUCAAUUGAAACAUCUAGAACUUUUAGAUGUCAAUUUCAGUAACGAGCCUUUAAAAUUUAGUGAAAAAUUACAAUAUGUACGAAUCUGUACUCCAGUAUUCAUCUUCCCAGGAAAUUUUAGGAUACCUCCAUUGAUGAAACAUUUUCAAAUUCAGGCUAAUCGUUUGGCUUUUCCUUCAUCACAAUUUAUGUAUAGUUUACCAGAUGGAUUAGAACUUUUACAAUUAUUGUCUUCCGAAAAGGGAAAGUUGUCACAACUAACCCAGAAAGUUAACUGGCCGAAAUCAUUAAAAGUUUUUGGUAUACGUCGUUUGAGGUUACACUCACACUCAUUAGAAUUAUGGAAUUUUCACGAAUCUAAUUUAGAAGAAAUUGAUAUUCAGGGUGGAACUCUUGAUCAAUUAAACGCUGAUGCAUUACCAACUAGCCUCGUAGUGUUAACGUUGCAGAAUUUGCAGAUGCAAAAGCUACGUGGAUCUUUUGAAAACUUGAAAAAUUUGCAAGAAUUAACUCUCGUGCACAAUAAUCUUGAAAACAAGACACAUAUGAAGUUUCCAUCAUUGAAAUUCUUAGAUUUAGGAUACUGCAAGUUUGAUUUGAUACCACCAGUAUCAGUUUCCUUAAUUAAAGAAAGAAGAAGUUUACUUACAUUGGAGUCAGCUUCUAUGGAUGUUGUUAUUCUGCAAGAAGAUACAUGUAUUACUCAAAAACCCAAACGAAUAAAGAUAUAA